CUGCUGUUCUUCCUAAACCUUUGCAUCAACUGCGUUUCUGCUGGGUACUUUAUACUCACAUAUAACAAACUCAAGGCUGUUCUCAGACGCACAAUUUGGGAGGCUUGCUCAGAUCUAGCAGCCGUGGUCAUUCACACUCUUUCACCAAAUAUAAAUCAACAGCGAAUUUCCACCACAGGUAUUUUUGUAGCCUUCCACGAGGGUGGGCUGAUGAAGAACGGGAUGAUAGAGUGUAGUGUCUGUCAUUCCAAAUUGGUUUCUCCAUCCACAAAGACUAUUUCACGAGCAUAUGAUCGGCAUAGGAUCAAGGUAUCUUCAAAGCAACGGGCGCUUAACUUCCUUCUAGUUGGUGGAGAUUGUGUCCUAGUUGGUUUACAGCCUAUCUUGGUUUUUAUGUCAAAAGUGGAUGGCCGCUUCAACUUUAGCCCCAUCAGCGUCAACUUCCUAACAGAGGUUGCAAAAGUAAUUUUUGCAAUUGUGAUGCUUAUAUUUCAGGCCAGACGACAGAAGGUUGGUGAAAAGCCGCUUCUCUCAAUUUCAACGUUUACUCAGGCUGCUCGCAACAAUGUGCUAUUGGCUGUUCCAGCCCUUCUUUAUGCUAUAAACAACUACCUCAAGUUCGUAAUGCAGCUAUAUUUCAACCCUGCAACAGUGAAAAUGCUGAGCAAUCUAAAGGUCUUGGUGAUUGCUGUACUUCUAAGGAUCAUAAUGAGACGUCGCUUUUCAAUAAUUCAGUGGGAGGCUCUUGCUUUAUUGCUGAUUGGGAUUAGCAUUAAUCAACUUAAAUCCUAUCCUGAUGGUACAACUGCUUUGGGUCUUGCGGUUACAACCGGCGCAUAUGUGUACACGCUGAUAUUUGUGACUGUUCCUUCACUGGCCUCGGUCUUCAACGAAUAUGCUUUGAAAAGCCAGUACGACACCAGCAUUUAUCUUCAGAACUUAUUUUUAUACGGGUAUGGAGCUAUAUUCAACUUUCUUGGAAUUCUCGGAACAGCCAUUUUUAAAGGUCCAAGCAGCUUUGAUAUAUUGGAAGGCCAUUCAAAAGCUACUAUGCUUUUGAUAUGUAACAAUGCUGCCCAGGGAAUUCUAUCCUCAUUUUUCUUCAAAUAUGCUGAUACGAUUUUGAAGAAAUAUUCCUCUACAGUUGCUACAAUAUUUACCGGCAUAGCAUCUGCAGCUUUAUUCGGCCAUACUUUGACAAUAAACUUUAUGUUAGGGAUCUCGGUGGUUUUCAUUUCAAUGCACCAGUUCUUCUCACCUCUUUCAAAAGCCAAGGAAGAUCUGCAAAAUGGGGUGGUAGAGACGGUGGAUGUACAGGAUAAUCAUAGGUCAAAGGAUUCAUCCUUCAUAAACAUAGCUGCUGGAGCCAAUGAGGAGGCUAGUCACCGCGUAGGACCUGAUGAAAGACAGCCCCUUCUUCCCACUUAAAGUUAUUGGGUGUAUCUUUUGGUUGUUUUGGCCAGCCUGGCUAGAAGGUAUAGGACACAAGAUAAGCUCAAAAGGUUACUAGGAAAAAUAAAUGCUCUUCAGAUUUAUUGCUUGAAAGAAAUACGGUUACCAGGGUGUCAUCUUUCUGUUUGACACGUAGAUUUCAAGAGUUUGAGAAAGUACAAUGUUUUGGAGAAUUCGACCCUUUGGAAGGGUUAUAGAAGGAUAGCUCUGCUGCGUAUCUUUUGUCUUCAAACCCGAAAUAGUGUUACUUGAUAUUGUAUAUUGAUGACUUUUAGGUCAUCACGAGUUUAUAAUACAUCUCUCUCUAUAUAUAUUCUUUUUCAGAUGAAGUUGUUUUGUUUAGUUGGACAUAUUUUGAAAGGUUUCUCUAUCUUCACUAGCUUAACGUGUUCUUAUUAACAACACACUGAUUAGCAAUGACUGUGGUUAUGAAAUCUAC